CCACAGUUCGAGAUCGGCCAGCGCGACGUUGCGACGUGCCAUCGUGGUCGGUCGGUGUUUGAUACUACGAAUCUUCCAAAUGCGUUACGCCGCCCGAUAAUUCGGCCGAUCGACCGUAAGUAGCGAGGAGGGCGCGAUCGCGUGUGGUGAUCAGUGAUCGGGAAAAACCCAGCGAAGCGCGUUAGAAAACGUACGGAAAGAGAAACAGCGAGCGCGGUGUGGUGGAAAACGAGGAACUUUGUCUCUCGCGAGGAGGAGAGUGAAGAUAGGCAGGGAUCACGUCACGAUGGCAGCCCGUCUGAUCGAGCGUCCCGUCGCCGUCGCGAUCGCCGCCGUGCUGUUGUAUCUAACAGCUUACGCAGAAGCGGCAGAUCCUCAUUUAGCGAUCAUGCCGGAUGGCGAGAGGCAGCCAAAGUCGGUCGGCACCAGCAUCAUUGUAACAUGCAGAGCAAUAGUGGACGAUCCAUCGCUCGUUCAGAACAUGCAAUGGCUGGACCCACACAAUCGAGUAAUCGAGUCCGCGAACCCGCUUGGGGGUCUCUCGAAACCGUCGAUGUACACCGAGCAGCAUGAAGACGGCAGCUUAUACCUGAUCUUUAACUCACUUAUGGAAGAGCAGGGCGGGAAGUACGUCUGCAAGGCGACUUAUGCCCGUAACGUGGAGAUGACCAAUUCCGUGACGAUCGACCCCAUUAUUGCGAUCACGUGGGACAACGCGCCGCCAAAUCAAUAUCCCAUUCUCGGCGAAGACUUUGAUAUUCAGUGUCAAGUACGCGCUAGGCCCGCGCCCAUGGUCGACUGGCUGUACAACGGAGAACUGAUGAAGACGAACGAUCACUACAUCAUCGACAAGUACUCCUUGAAGAUCAAAAACGUUCAGGAAUCCGACGAUGGUAUAUAUACCUGUCGAGCGUUAGUGGUAACUACAGGAGAACUGAAAGAAAGACCUAUCCGCGUUGAGGUACACGUACGACCCACGAUCGAGGAAAUUUCAAACCCGAUCGAUAUCGUCGAGGGCGAGAACGCCAAUAUCAAGUGCAAGGCCAGCGGCAAGCCACCUCCAAUGUUCACAUGGAUCAAGUCACUCACCCAGCAGAAUCUCUCGAAUGCUGAUCGCUUCGGAGUUGAUCCGGUUACCGGUAUACUCACCAUCACCAACGUGUACCGUAACGACGAGGGCGAAUAUCAAUGCACCGCGUCAAACGCUGCUGGCAUCGCGACUGCUAAUAUUCAGGUGAACGUGAUCGUCAAGCCGAAAAUCAUGGAAUUCCAAAAUAAGACUGUGGCUGAGGGCAGAAGCGUGAUAAUCAUGUGCAAGGCCUUUGGUCGACCACCGCCUGAAGUGACCUUCCGAAAGUUCACGGCCGAGAAGCCGUACGUGAUGGGUGCACAGCCGCAAGACGAUCGGAUCAUCGUGUCGAACAAGAUCGAUGAUGUAACAGGUGAAACGGUUGGCACCUUGACGAUCCACGAGACCCUCACCAGCAACGACGGCUUGUACGAAUGCAUAGCGAAGAACGCCGGUGAUGUCGCGUACAAGAACGGUCACCUGACUGUCGAGUUUCCGCCUUCCUUCCGCAACAUGCUAAAUAAGACGAUCUGGUCCUGGGAUCAGAGGCCAGUGAAUCUCACCUGCAUUGCUGAGAGCAUACCGAACGCGACGAUACACUGGUCCUUGCACGGCCGUCCAAUCGACGAUCCGGUCGACAACUAUCUGCAAAAGAUCGGCAACGGCCCGAUCUCAAUCCUCAGGGUGGUGCCACUCGACCGCAGGUACUACACCAUUUACAAAUGCAUAGCCUCGAACACGCACGGCACGCGGGAGCACACAAUCGAGCUGAAAGAAGCGACGAAACCUUCCGAACUCCUGAGCGUCAGAAUGGCCGAGAUCACCGCCACGACGAUAAGAUUCGAUUUAGUAGCGCCGUCACAUCCGGAUCUGCCCAUCGAUAUCAUCAGCGUGCAGUACAAGGAGGAUAGACAGAUUUGGAAGGAGGCGAAGAACAGAACGUGGUCUGUCGGUUCUCUGUAUGUGAUCGAAGGCUUGAAACCGCAGACGCCUUACGAGUUUCGAUUCGCGGCGAAGAACGAGGUCGGUCUGGGCAAUUGGGGCUCCUAUCAUCGGGAGAUCACACCCGGCAGGACUGUGCCGAACGAGCCGAAAAUCUUGACCACAUCGGGCGCCGAGUACGAGCUGUCGGCAUUCAAUAACCAAUAUGAGCUCAGCUGGCUAACGCCGCCCGACAACGGCGAGCCCAUAGACAGAUACGUGAUCAAGUACUGCCAGAUAAAUCGCGUUGCUGGCGAUUGGGAGGUGGUUGGAACCUGCUAUGAGACGGAAGUCAAGUCUCAGGUGAGAACGAAGCAAUAUCUGAAGGGACUGAGCCCGGACACGUUCUACAAGGUCGAGUUACAAGCUCACAACGUGAUGGGCUUCAGCAAACCUGGAGUCGCCAAGUUCAAGACGGCCAGAGGUGUAGAUACCAGCGUGCUGCAGCAUCAGGGCCCGUUAAUAUCGAGUGGAGCCAUAAUCGGCAUUGUCCUCGCGACGAUAUUCAUCAUCUUUAUCAUCAUCGACGCUAUCUGCUGCUGCGUGCGCAAGACAGGAAUCAUUUAUUACGCGUGUGAGCGGUCACGGCGGAAGCCAGUCGACGAGGAGGACGCGAAACUCGGCAGUCUUUACGGUUGGCGGUUUCCAUUGCCGUAUUGCGACCAAAAAAUGGCCAAUGUCGCCGGGGUCACGGCCAUCCAAGAGUCGGGUAGUGGAAAAAGUACCAUUAGAUUGGUCAAACACACUGCCAUAGACGAGAAGGAGCCGUUGAAGGAGGAGAAGAAGAUCACGCCGAUCAUCGACUCCGGACUGCGCCGGGAGACCUCGAUCACCUUCGAUGGCAAGAGGUCCGUCUCCAAGACCGGCUUCGUCGGCAAGGACUCCGCCGUCUAGAUAUUCUUCCGGCGUACUAGAUUGUAAAUCGCUCCGGAAAGCAAUUUUCAGCUAAAGUGUUCUCGAAAAAAAAGAAAAGAGCAGACGUGAAACAAGAAGACGUAAAAGAACAAGAAACGAAAAGGGAAAUGAGCGCUGAGCGGACGUCGUCGUUUAUAUUAACGCGGUCCGCUCGCGGGAAGACGGGGUUUUGCGACUCGCUUCGCCGAAACUUCCCCUACGAAGUCUCUCUCACGGUUGCUCUCUCGCCGUUCAACCCUCGAGCCUCCAUCGAGUUCUGCUCUUCGUUUUGCCCUGAAACACGCACGCGGUUUCACGGUCGCGGCUGACCCCGCUGCCUCUCUUCCCUUUCAAGAUCUCGUACCUCGUGUACUUGCGAUAUUACCGUCUGUUCCUACACUUCCUUGUGGAUCCCUCGAAAGCUCUUGCUGCUAUCGGUAAACUUGUCCUUUGCCGACAAACUCUGUUGUAAGAUUCUCUCACUGCACGACUAAUUUCGCACGUGAGGUAAACUACUCAGGGUGCGAAAGGGGGAGCGAACCUUGGAAAUCUGUCCUGUAUGCUCCUCAUUGCAUUCUCAACUGAAACGCCUAUGUGUGCGCGCACGCAGGAAAAGUAUAUUAAAAUAUUUUUCAAACAAAAACUACAAUUUUUUGAUAAUACAAUAAUUUGAUAAUUAAUUUGAUAAUAUGGUUACGCAACGUAGUUUUUCUGAAAGAAUGUCGCGUUUGAAAGGUUUGCUCCUUCAAUGCGGAAGCAGUCUAGAGCCCCCUUAUGCCGACCUUAUCCUUAACUCACCAAAGCAUAGAAACACAGACGAUGGAAAAAGGAAGCGCGAAGUGUGCAGGAUAUAUUUGAUAGUCAUUGUUCUUAGGAGGAAGCUAUGAAUAUAAUUGUAACUUAGCGCGUAUUACAUUUCAAGGAAACGAGGAGUAGGUAGAUCGCUUGUGCGAGAAAAAGUUGAAAAAAAAGAAGACGAGAAGAGAAUUGUACAAAAAUUCAUCGCGAAAUUGGUAGAGGUCGAUCGAUCGACUUAGUGAUGAACGCUUCGAGGGCACCCUUUAGAUUAUCACAGUCUAGUACGCUGGGUAGUAUCGUUCUUUGUCGAGCGUGGCUCCAAGAAGACCGCGCGGAAAGUCGUACUCUGUUGCGCCUGACAAAAAGAAAAGAGUAACUUUGUGUUCGUUCCGAAAGAAAGCUGUAUUUAGAGGGUACGCUAGCAAAAACGGUAUGCAUCGCUCACAUUCUUCUAGUCCUAAAGUCAGACAAUUUUAAUACUUUUUUAUAAUUUUUUUAAGUUAUUGUUGAUUUGUUUAAAAACGCGGGUUACACUUGGCAAUUUUGUGCCAAGUCAUACGAAUUUAUUUAGAUUAUUAUGACGUAUCUUUAGUGAAAAUUGAAAGUAAUACUUGUUUAAUUGCGCCAAUCUUUCUUGAAAAGCGAAUAGCGGCUAUUAAAUCGUUUUAAGAUGCUGUUAUUUGAUAUCGUAUUUAUCCUUCGCCAAGUCACGUUUACUUUUAGCGAAUUAAUGGAUUGUUCGUUUAACGCUCGUAACUACGAAUUUGCGUCAAACUGGUGAAACCUCUUGCGUAAAAUGGUCAUUCUCUAUUUUCAGACGGUUGAAGAAUGUGAGCGUUGCUUUUUAUAUCCUUCAAACGCCAACAGAGGAACUUUCUCUCUCUUUUAGGUGACGUGCGCGAUUUUGCGACAACCACCAACCUCUGUACAUACACUUUGAACAAUCUAUUUAUCUCUUCCCUUACUCAUACCUCAUCCUUUUCCAUGUCUUUCGAUUAGACGAUUAUUACGAUUAUCGAGACAUGCAAGCGAUAGCUUUCAUACGUGCGAUAUAUAUUCAAUGCGUUUUUAUUUUACUUCCAGCUUUAUAACCGUAACAUGUAAUAGUUUCCCAUAAUAUCCUUAAAUUCGAGGAAUGUUUUAUGUGUUCAACUGAUGACGAUCAUAACCGAUACGAAUUACUUGAGAUGAAUAUUGAAUUUCCGCCUUUAUUCUUUAUUCUAUGGAAUACUCUUGCAUCAUACGGAAAACGAAUCUGUUCGAACAAAUUCGUUUUUCGUACGGUUACUCCUGUAUCUACUUAUAUAUAUAUUAUCUACUUAUAUAUAUAUUAUCUACUUAUAUAUUUACGUACUUACCUCAUGUGAGAAAAGCUCUCAAUCUUUUUUUACACCCGUGAUACUUUAAUUAUAUUUUAUAACAUUAGGACUGCGUUAUGAUACGAGAGUAUCCCAUUCUUUUUUUUUAUUGUAAUGUUCUUACACUCUAUUUUUUAAAAUAGAACGCGCGAGAGUAAUAAUUUCUUCAUAACUACUGCAUACAUAAUCAUAAGAUUGAACAAAACAUGCAUAUAUAGCAUAUAGCGAUUAAAGAAUAAAGGCGCGAAUUCAAUAUUAUCUGAAACAAUUUGUACGGCAAUCGGUUAUGAUCGUCAUCGGCGAGAGUAUCCCAUCUUUUUUUUAUUGUAAUGUUCUUAACUCUAUUUUUUAAAAUAGAAAGCACUGUUUUUUACUAUAUUAGAUUAAUAAGAUUUUUAGUUUUUUUAUCAUGAAAUUCUUAUAUUUUACUUUUAAGAUGAGUGAGAAGCGCAUUUUUUUACUAUAUUUAAGAUAAGUAAGGUGACGAUUGGGCAGCUCCUGCCACAUUGUAUUGAGAUUGCAGAAGUCAAUGUAAUUACUAAUAAUUACCAGUUGCUAUUUGUUCGAAUCAUGACAGGAAGGAAACAAAGCAUUCACAACGUGGAGCAGCAUUAUUAAGACGUCAAAAAAAAAACAAUAUCGAUACACGAACUAAUAGACUUCUGACAAAUCUUGAUGUGUUACCUUGAGUACACUAAAAGUCUCUCUAAAUAUGUAUGUAUAGUGUAAUCAAAAAACAGGUGGCAUUUACCGUGUGACAAGUGUCGAGUCUUACGAAUAUGCGAAGCUUGCCAGUCGGAUUCUUGGUUAGUGAUACGCGAAAGUGACACCGGAAGAGCUGCCAUAUGAUUAAUAUUAUAUUUGAAGAAUAGCGAGUAAGAAAAAAAAGAAAAGUACCAGUUUUGUCCUAAUAUCUAAGAUGGCUUUUGCAGAAAGAAACGCAGUAAAAAUGUGAUAAGUUUUUGUAAAUGCUUGUAACGUUUUCCCUUAACUGUAAGAAGUAUCGAGGAUAAAUAUCUUAUAGGAGAGUUUCCGUAGGAUAGAAAACGCGUGGGUGCGGAAGGUGUGUUCUCGCGAAGAGCUGACGCGGACGACUUAUCAAAGAGAGAGAGUAACGUGUAUACCGUCAGAUUAGUCAAGUUAUGGUAUAAUCAAGUGCAAUAAUAGUGUUCAAAGAAUUUACUGAGUUUGUGUAUUUCGUCGCUGCAAUUUUAUCAUCUGUCUGUAUGGAUUCUAAUAGAAAGCUUCACCGACGUCGCUUUGCUAACUUUUUCAUCGUAAUUUAAGUGAUUUCUUCAACUCUUUGAACACAGAAUCGCUUAAAGGAAUGAUUUAAACGCAUUAAAAUGGAUUAAUUAACAUUAUUUAAACGAAUUAAAAUUGAUUGAUGUUGAUUUAUCUCCGUAGAGAAUUGAUCUCUUAAAGCGGUUGGCUUUUUCUACAGAAUCGUGGAAAGACGAUAGAAGCUGAAAUACAGAAAAUUCGGGAAUAAGUCGGGAUAUUUCUGGGCUAUUAUUACACCUGUUGAUACUUCUGGAACGUAAACGCGCUUCCUCACGUUCGCGAACACGCUUUCCGUGCAGGUAGCUUUUUUACGUAAGACAGAGAAUUUGCCAAAUACAUAGUACUUAUUAGCACAUAAGUACGUAUAAAUAUAAAUAUAUAUAUUAUACAUAAAACUGAUAUAUAUGUAUAUGAAAAAUAUGAAAUAAAUGAAUCACAAGACGUUCACGUGACACGUGUCACGCGGCCACUUCGCGUUCGGCGAGCGAGACGCGUCACCGUUUCUAGCACUCCUAGCUAUUUUGUAUCCGUUGCCAAAAGCCAUAAUCUUUAACACGUAGCUUCCCAUGAAAAGUAUUACUGCGCAUCUUCCAAUCUGGAAAUCAUUACAAGUAUUAUUAAAGUUCUGUAGGUGUAAGGCGUAUUUUUUAUGUAUGCUUUUUCUGUACGCGACGAGAAAUCAUGCUCUCAAAUAAAAAGUGAAAAAUGUUUUGAAGG